UGCUUGGUAUUUCUAGCGCUUCCUAAAGACUGCAUGCUAUUGUUUGUCUACGGGGCUUCUGCACCCUACAGGCUAAGUCCAGGUGUGACAGUGUCUAAAGAAACACUGGCCUUUAUGGCCAUUGUCACCCCUGGCCACAGAGAUCUAGCCUUUGGGGAGUUGCAACAGCUCAUGGACCAGUAUUUGAUUUUGUCUUUAGCCUCUUCCCAUCAAAUGAAAAUUAAUUUGAAGAUUCUUGAGAAAACUCAACAUAUUGUUAGAUCAUUUGAGACCACCUUAGCCAGGGAGACAUCUGGUCUGGGACUCAGUGCAUUUAAAGGUGUUGAGUGAGCCCUUUCUCACUCACAGACAGUCCAGCCAGCACCAAUGCAUGGAGACUAAAGGACAGAUAGUCAACAAAAUGUAAUUAGUACCUAGUGUAGCCAUUUAACAUCAUAAAACAUACAUUUAGCCAGAAAUUUUCAGUAGAAGCUAUUUAUCAGAGUAGAUGCCCCAAUUGCCUUUACCCCAGGAAUAACAAAAUUGAAAACCAAUGACAAAAGGGGAAAAGGUUACAACAAAAGGUGAACUUCAUAAGGGAGAAAUCAUGAAUUUGGAUAACAAAAUAAUAAUGAAAAUAAAAAUAGAAUAUUUUACUUUAAAGAACUGCGUUGGUCCCCAAUGGUUAGGAAACUCAAGAUAAGCAAGUGGGUAUGUACCCGUGUGUGAAAAUUGUAGACGACUCCUACCCCCAUCUUCCACUGGGUUAGUGACACAACUGUUAGGCUUUCCACCAAAGAGGUCUUUUUUGCUCAACCUGGUCUGGGUCUAUUUUGAUUGUUGCAUUGAUGUUUAUUAGAAUGGAGCCAAUACCAAAACUUCUAGCUGGACUUAUUUUGUUGACAUUGUGUGUGGUGAGCUGCUCCAGCCAGCACUGGUCCUACGGAUUGCGCCCUGGAGGAAAAAGAAAUGCAGAAAAUUUGAUUGACUCAUUCCAAGAGAGAGCCAAAGAGGUUGAUCAGCUAGCAGAGCCUCAGCACUUCGAAUGCACCCUUCACCAGCCACCUUCUGCCCUCAGGGAGCUGAAAGGAGCGCUGGAAAGUCUGAUUGAAGAGGAAACCGGGCAGAAGAUUUAAAUCCACUGGUCCAAAAGGAAUGACAACACAAGUAUAAUUCUGACUUUGAAAUCUGUGACCCAUUUAAUAUCUGUAAAUUGUGUGAAUUUCAGAAAUUCUUAUGCCAAGGUGCAUGUAUUUCAUAAUGAAGUAGUGUGAAUAAAGUGGCAUAAAUGUUAA